AUGAUCCAAACAGGAGUGUUUAUUUCUGUGACAACAGUAACGUGUUUCUUUAUCUUUGUUAUUUUUAUCAUAUCUGUUAUCUACAAAUAUAUCUGGCAUAUUAAAUAUCAUAUUUAUAUGUGGAGAUACAGACCUAGACAGUUAUUGGAUAUUGCAGAGAAACAUUUUGUUUAUGACGUGUUUGUUGCGUACUGUGUAGAAGAUAGUGAUUGGGUUUUAGAUAGUCUUUUACCUAUCAUGGAAAAAGAUGAAAACAUUAAACUUUGUAUCCACGAAAGAGAUUUUCAAGGCGGAAAAAUGAUUGUUGAUAAUAUUGUGCAGCAUAUGGAGAAUAGUCGUAAAGUUCUUGUCGUUGUCUCUAAUGAUUUUGCUAGAAGUAAAUGGUGCCAGUUUGAAAUGAGUUUAGCCCAGAAAUUAGUUAUAGAUAUGAGUAUAGAGUCAAUAGUAGUCGUAUUACUGGAGGAUAUAGCAACAGUUAAUAUGAGUAAAUCAUUGGUCGCCUUAUUAAAAACUACUACUUACAUCGCAUGGAAUGAUGAAGAGGAAGGGGGAAUUGAAUUUUGGGAAAGACUUAAAAAAUCUGUCAAAAGAGAAAUUGACUAA